CAGCCCACCGCUGUACCGCUGCACCGCAUCCCUCCCGAGUCGCUCCUUCCCGACGCUGUGGAAUUGGGAUCAGCCCUUGCCUCCCUAUCCAAUUGGACUGCACCUUCCUGCAAACCGACCUGCAUUGGAUGCACCUGCCUCCACGGCUUUUGUCGGCCCACAACCGGUACAAAGUACAUCGAGAAAAAAAGGAAGGAAGUAGAAAAAAAAAAAAGAGAGGGAAACCACUUCCCCGGUCGUUCCACUCCUCCCGGAUUCGCCAAUCGACCACGAAAAUUUCGGCAAUUUCCAAUCUUUUCUGCCCCAUCUCGCGAACCCCUCCAUGCCCCUCUCUCCUCCGCAAACUGCCCGCCGACAUCGACACCGAUCUCCGAAAACCAUUGAGAAACAGGGACAUGCUCGAUACACUCAAGAUGAGCGAGACGCAAUUGACCUUUGGUCGGACUGACGACUACAUCUUCAUCUCCAAGCCCAAAAAGGGCAUCGCGUAUGUUGAGGCCCGUUUCAAGGAUGACAAAGGUGUACGUUUUGCCCGCAAUGCUCAUUUUCACGAGCUUUUCCCCCAAAAUUCGUCGGACAAUUGCUUACGACAAGAACAGCUUGCGCACACAGACAAGGGAUGCCAACUACUUCUCUCCAAGCUUGAAAGAGAAUGGAGCGCACCCAAACUCAAGGAUGACACUGUCAUCUCACUUGAGGCUGACCUCUUGAAGGAGCCAGUUUUCCACAAGGAGAUUCCAAGUGAUAUGUUCCACUCCCUUCGCGUGGUUGAGUUCCAGGGCCUGGAUCCCUCUACUCGUGUGGUCUCUAUUCGCGACGUUGCUAUCAAAGUCAACCUUUACGGAUGCACUCCAGAAUCACCGUCCGAGUCGGAUGAUGAGCUAGUGGACAUCCUUCCAAGCGCCACUAAAGUCGAUGGCAUCUGGGAACUAUGCUGAAUCUGAUCACAUUGUAGCUUGGUCACCGACCAUGAUACU